AUGAGGCUUUUACUGAAGGCAGCAAGACUUCAUUUACCAAGAAACCAAUUGGUCAGGCUUAUAAUAACUGAAGUUGACUCAAAAAUGCACAAGGGAGGUAGGUCUGAAGGUUCAAAGAGCUGACAAGUCAGCUGAAAGUCGCAGAGGCACUCGAACAGGUUUUUAGGGGUUUUAUCUCAACAAAUGAACAGAAGAGGACCAUUGUGGCAUUAUAUUUGUAGCAUGAUCAUGCAGGUGUAAUAAAAUAAUCCUACGACACAGCAUUAUGAUAGUGACGCGCAGACGUAGCAGCAUUAGCCACGUUCAUACUAACAACACACACAUACCGUAGACUGUUCGAGCAAAUAGACUCACUUUUUCCUCAUAUUUAUGACAGUAAUGUGGGGAAUGAAAAAAACAUUGACCCCCAGUCUAUGAAGUAUCCCGAUGGACUACCUAAUGGGAUACACCAAAAUGGACCAAUUCUGUUUAGACUCUAGUGUCCGGUUUUAGAUGCCAGUGUCUGAUUUAAGAUACUGUGUCUGAUUUUAGACACUGGUAUCCAACUUUAGACAAUAAUGUCCAACUUUAGACAAUAAUGUCCAAAUUUAGACACAAGUGUCUGAUUCUAGACACCAGUGUCUGAUUUUAUGCAGUAGUGUCCAAUUUUAGACAGUGGUGUCUGGUUUAAGACACUAGUAUAUAAUUUUGGACACUAGUGUCUAUUUUUUGACACUGUUGUCUGAUUUAGACACUAGUGUCCUAUUUUAUGUUCGAUUUUGGAUACUAGUGUCAGAUUUAAGACACUAAUGUCCAAUUUUUGACAUAAGUGGUCAAUUUGGAUACUAGUAUAAAAUUUGACAUGAGGUGUUAAAUAGAUAUAUGGUCAUAACCAUGCAAUGGAUAUUUUAAAAGAAGUUGCAGUUAUUAACUGUUAAACCUUCUUGGUCUGCAAAUUAAUCCUAUCAUGGAGAUUUCUCAAACUCACUUAAAAUGUAUAAAAAGAUCUUCUUUUCCUUUUAACAUUUACUGAAACAAAUUUGGCAAAUGACUGGUUUAAACAACAUAUGAUUGUAAUGUUUGAAGAUAACUUAAGGUCACCUUGAACAGGAAAAAAUUUACCCCAAGUUUUGAGGCUGAUAUCUCCAGUUAUGGUUACCUGUAACUCAAAAAGCGGUUUUUAUUCGAGAAAUCUAUGGUAUUGACAAAAGAAAAUAAAGGAGGAGCAUCCAAUGUAAGUGUAUGAAUAGUUUACUGUAAUGCUUUCAAUAGAACUCAUUCAAAGUAGGAUUUUGUAUGUGUAGUCCAUUUUAGGGCAGUCCUUUUGGGUAUUCCAUUGGGAUGGUCCAUGGUCUGGAGGUCAAUUGUUCAUUGUUUUUUCAGUGUGAUAAUGUAGAGUUAACAGCAUUAUCACAACAAACAUAUAGCUAUAUUUAAAGCAAAAAAAACAAAAAAGACUCUCUCACUGUUUUGUAAUGGCAUUAUAUCCCCGCUGUUUACCAGUCAAGAAAGCCUUGUUACAACAACAAUGCCAGAGGAUAAUGGAUUUUGAAUUAGUCUAGGAAGAUGUAUCUUAGAUGUAUCCAGAUCAUUACAAGUUAUCAUCUUUAGAAACUCAGAUUUUCCAUAAGCAUGCUCCAAGGAUUUUUGUAGAACUCAUAUGGAAGAUCUUAGAUAUACCUGUAAUCUAUACUGAACACCUCCUAGUAAGUGGUGUUUUUUUUCUUUUCAAGUCAACACUUUUUGGGCUUUUUAUACCAUGCAAAUCAUUUGAAGGAAUUGUUGUUACUGAUAAAUUUGAAUUUUCAGGUGGCCGUGGUAAAAGGGGUAGAGGUGGACAUCGCCCUUCUGGUUUGACAGGAAAACAGAUUGGCUUGUGGUACAGAGAUAAAGGAAAACAAAACAGGGAACUUAAACAGGUUUAAUCUUGGGAUUUGAAUCUAAGUGUAUUUUUCUCUUGGUUUUAUGUGCCCAUAGAGUGAGUGUGUCUUUCUGUCAGUCCUACCUUUUGGUCUGGACUGACCUUUUGAUCAGUCAAUCAGUAGUUUGGUCUGUCUGACAGACUGUAUUUGUCUUACUCUGUCUGUUUGGUAGUGCUAUAGUCCUUUGAUUCAACCAAUUUAUAUGUGGAUUUUUCCAUCUCCUCAUUAUAAUAUUUAUUCUUAGCAAAACAUAUGCUUAUCAUCAUGUUUUUUGUUAUUCAGCGUGCAUUUGUUACAAUGGACAGUCAACAUGAAAUGAGAAUAAGUCAGCUGCUAGGAGAAAUCAGACAAAGUGAAAGAACCAAUGAUGACAGAGCAGAGGAAGGAGCAUCAGCUGGGACAGAUUGGUAUGAUGGUCCUAAAGGAGAGCAGUACUGUGAACAACAUCUGCAUGAUGAGUCUGAUCGCAGGGAUGAAGGUUUGCAGAUAUAUAAAAUGGCUACAGUUGAAUCUCACUCAUCCAGAUGUGUGUAAUGAAGGAGUUCUUUGGUUUUCAAAUCCUAGUUUUAGUCUUGCAAUGUUUUCUAAAUGAAACAUCUGUUUUUGCAUGCUUGUGCAGAGUGCUAUUAGCAUUUGCAUUUCUGUUAGACUAAUUGUCAGAUUAUAAAUAAAAGAAACUGUUAUGGAUCUGGCAUUUUGAUCAUAAAUAGAUUGAUACUGUACAUUAUUUUCAAUUACAUAAACUAUCUUUUGCUCUUUAAUUGUAGUUUUGAUUGACAAAGUAUUGGCCCCAAAACAAUAUAAGGAACAAUUUGAUCACCUUAUGAAAUUUCUUACAUGCAGAUAUGUGAUAUGUUUUUAAUAUUUUUCUCAGUAUUUGUUCUCAAUGACAUGAAAUAUUCUACAUUAUAUUCAAAGUUUUAGAAGCACUUAUUUGAGUGAACUUUGAAAUAUUCUAUCCAGACCAGGUGAGCAUGUCUGGUGAGAACAAGAAAAAGAGUCCAGUAGCUUUCAAGCACCAUUUUAAUAUGGGCAGGAAUUUGCAGCAAGAUUCCACGUUAGAUCAUCAAUUGAAAGAAGAACAACAAAGAAGGUUCUUGUCAGAAAGUGCAAGAUAUAAGGCCAUGCAGGUCUGUAUUGAUAUCAUCAGUAUAAUCAAAACCUCCUAUAGACUAAAUUACCUUGUACUAAUCAGCAUCGUGAUAUCAUUUAAAGGUAAAACUGAUGGAAAACUUUUAGUACAGAAGAUGACUUAAAAAAAUCUUUGUUUUAGAUUUGAGACUUUGUGAUAACAAGUCUGAUGUUGCUCUUGAUAUUUCUUUUUUUAAAUUUUUAUUUCUUAUAGGAAUUUCGUAAAAGUUUGCCAGCUUACAAGCAGAAAGAGGUUGGUGCAUUUCAUUACUCUACAAAAAUAUCUCUUAAUUAAUCACAAAUUAGAAUUAUUAUGGCAGUGAUAAAAUUUGAAAUGUCCUUAAUUGCAGGAAUUACUUCAACUCAUAAGCUCAGAGCAAGUUAUUGUUAUCAGUGGAGAGACUGGAUGUGGAAAAACAACCCAGGUAUCACAGUGUUUGUUUAAUAAAUCAACUACAAUUUUACAGUGGGUGUUCCCACUGAUAUAUAAAAACUGAAAAACCACAAGCCAUAGUUUAGUGGUUUCAGAGAUUCAAUCUCUCAGUGGACUUCAGCUGCUGCAAUAUUUUAGCCUGCACUUGUAUAUCGAAACUCAAUAUCACUUUCAUUUUUGAUACUUUCAUCACAAAUGGGUCUUGGCUGAUGAGUUAGAAAGAAUUUCUAAUGCCAGCUAAAUUGUCUUUAAAAGGAAUGUCCUAGUUUCUUUCCAGACUUUGGAUCCUGACUGUCAGGAGUGACUUGUAAUACAACAAGGCCAAUACUUUAGCAUUAAGGGUACUGUUAACAAAAUGGGAUGCCUUGCAGAGAAAUCGUCCGAUGCAUGCUACUUUUAAAGAAACCAUAGAAAACUAUAUACUGUAAAGCUUAUAAAAUAUAGAUUAUGAAUCAAAAUAACAAAAUUGUCCACAGUUUUUGUUUUAGUAGGUACUUGUGAGCCCUUAAAUACCUUGAAACUGUCAGUUUUUGCUUUACUGAAUUACCCGCCUCCACUUUACUGCAAACCAAGAAACAAACUGGACAGUAUCACUCAGCACACAAUAGGCUAGCAAAGCCUGUGAGGCUUAUUCAAUAUUUCCAUUGGUUCCUGAGAAAAUCUGUUUUGAAGUUGGACAAUCAAAAAUAGUUUGGUUGUUGUCAUAUUCCAGGAUGUUAUGAAAGAAAUCAUUUUUUAGCCUCCAAAAAAGUUCUUAGCUUUGGUACCUAAUUCACAGCUUUGGCACCCUAACUGCAUUGAUGUAGCAUGUCACCAACCCAUGAAACACAAUAUUGAACCCCCUGGCAAGUCUCAUAACAAAGAACUCCUUUGAAAUUCACAGGAAAGGUGAUUUUGCAAAACAUGGUAUAAACAAAAUAUGCAAAUCAAGAUCCAGGAUGAAAGCCCCCAGCAAUGGUCAAUACUCUGCUGAAGGCCUUUCCCAUUAUGACACAUUUUGCCCUUCAUUACAGGUUUCCCCAAAAAUUCUUUCAGCUGUUCCUUGCAAUCUUUUUACGAUUUUUUCCCCAGCAAAUUAAACUAAACUACUUUCUAACUAAAGAGCAAAAAAAAACGAAUUUUGAAAAUUUUGACCAAAUUUUGUUGACAGUAACCUUAAACAAAGAAAUUAAAGAGAUUGUUUAUUGGACCAAUAUGUUGUUAACUGAUAAAAUUUUAGGUUAACAUUAUUAAAUAGCCAUCCUACGGCGACCUUAUUUCAUGUGAUUCUUGUUUAGGUUGCUCAGUUCAUCUUGGAUGAUGCUAUUGAACAAGGUCAUGGGUCAAAAUGCCGAGUUAUUUGUACUCAGCCCAGGAGAAUAAGUGCUAUCUCUGUAAGCCAUGAUUUUAAUCAAAGUAACUUUUUUUUCUGAGUAUUUAAAAGUCAUUGCUCCAUCAUGACAUGGGUGAAGAAAAGCUGAAGAGAAUCCUUUGGGGCAACUAAAUCCAUCAACAACCUCCAUCCACAUGUAAUGCUUGCAUUUGAGAAAUCAAGUCCAGCCAAGUUGGAGGAAAGAUAAGCAAACAAAUCUUCCUGCUGAGCCAUCCUUGCUUUGUCAAAAUAUUAAUUAUUCCUUCCCAAUAAGAGGAAGCCAUGCAGACUUAAGGUUGACUUAGCUUAGUAUUAAUGUACCAAGGGUAUUACUUAUUAUCUUACUUUAACCAUUAGUGAUGUAUAAUUAUUAUUUAGUGAUCAUUAAAUCUGAUCAACAAUGAAUUGUUUUUAUUUAUCCUAUGCAAGGUGGCAGAAAGAGUUGCAUCAGAAAGAGAUGAAAAUUGUGGUGAAAAUGGAAGUGUUGGUUACCAGAUAAGAUUGGAAAGGUAAUGAGGUGUUAAACAAUAUUGCAAUGUCUGUUGUCUGCUGGCAGUUUUAAGACAAAAUCACCAAAUGAUAAACUCAUUUCCCCUUUUUUUUUUUCUUCCAGCAAGCUUCCACGAGAGCAAGGUUCUAUCCUCUAUUGUACAACAGGAGUGCUGCUUAGAUGGCUAGUGUCUGAUCCGUGAGUCAGAAAUUAUUACUGUAACAAUGUACAUGAAAAAAUUAAGUGCUUCUGAUUGGCUGAAAAGGAGUGCAUUCUCAUAUAACACAAGAGCAAAGUUGUAACACAAGUGCAAAUGACAAAGAGCACGCAAAUUGUCUGUCUUGACUUUCUGUGAUGUUUUUCCAUGUACAUUAUUAACAAGUAAUAACAUAAUUUCUCUUACAAUUUGGUGUAAUAAGCACUUCUGAAUUUUUCAAAGAUUACAACUUGCACUUGCCCAAGGGGCUCUUACUUGUGCUUAUUAACACCAAAUUGUAAGAGAAAUCAUGUUAUUAACAGGGAGUUGUAGUUGUUGGUGACUGACAUCAUCGAAUGCUGCAUUCAAUGUAGCAGAUAUAGAAGAGAGUGAUUGCCUGUGGCAUUGUUGCACCAGACUCAGUGCAGGGUCAAUCUCUGCAUUGUCCAACAUAAGAUUUUUGCAGUUUGUACUAACCAUAAAUUAAAAACAAGCUCAUUCAUUACUUUUUAUUGUUCCUUUGUAGAUUGCUUCUUGGUUGCAGUCAUAUCAUUCUUGAUGAGAUUCAUGAAAGGGAUAUUUUAUCAGAUUUCCUGAUCAUUAUUAUAAAAGAUCUUUUACCAAAAAGGUAAUGUUAGGAUUUACGUUUUGGCAAUUGUAGUUGUUAACUCAUUGUAGUGGCUCUGCUGCUAAAACAUAUUUUGACUUGUUCUUGAUUUUGAUUGAUUAUUGAUUACUUUGUAUCUUAUCCAUGAUCUUUUUGAUGUUUCAUAUUCCUGUUAAGGCUUCUCCCCCUACAAUUAAAUUUCUUAUUUAUUUUUUUAUUUCACAUAGGCCAGAUUUAAAAUUGAUCCUCAUGAGUGCAACUUUGAAUUCAGAGAUGUUCUCUGCUUAUUUUGGUAAGAAGCUCAGUAGAGUAAAUUCAGUCUUAAUUAUUGUGAUUGAAGAAAGAGUGAAAUGAAGAAAAGGAUUGUUGAGGCAAAUAUUUGGGACUUCAAGUGUGACUUUGCCAAUGGGAUGCUCUUACAAUAAAAUUGAGCUAGAACCACUGACUUUGGCAGAAGGCAAAUGGAAGAAUGGUUGGUUCAUAUGAAAUUUAUGGAGACAUUCAUAUCCUAGGAUGACAGUAAAUCAAAACACACAUUGUUAUUUGUCAUCUGAAGGGGAAAAAAUUGACUGGAAACAGCCGUAAGUAAGGUUUUCAUUUCCAUGCAAGGUACUAAUUCUAUUUUGUUCCACUUCAAGAUAAUUGCAAAAUGGCUCAUAUUCCUGGAUUCACCUAUCCUGUUCAGGAGGUUUAUCUUGAGGAAAUAAUUGAAAAAACCAGGUGAGGAUUAUUGGUAUAAGAAAGAACAUUUUUUUCUUUAUUUCAUUAAAGUCCUGCAAGGUUAGUCUUUGAACACACUACCAUAAUUAGGAAGGUUAGUGUAAAUGCGUGACUUUCAAACUUGCGUGACAUUUGCGUUACAGUUGGCCUUUGUGCCAUUUGAUUCCUUUAAAUGGUUUUUCUCUCCCGCUUUCAUUAAUCGCCUGUUCAUGUUCGGUGUUCAUCUAAAGUUAAUUUAUAAAGUGUGAUUUCAAGCCAUCGGCGUAUAGGGACUGAUAUGUAAGUUGUUUUCGCUUGAUUUGUUGUUUAUCUCGUUUCGAGCAAGCUCUUCCGUCUUUAUUUGUAUAUAUAUUUUGUGUUUGCCGUAGCAUUUGGUUCAUUUAUUAGUUCCUUUAUUAUGUUAGAUUCAUUUACGCUGUUAAGUCGCCACGUGUUUAAUUGAAUACAAUCUAUUAUAUAAGUCCCUUUUUUAAUUCGUUUACAGUUUACGAGAUUGAUUAAAGUUAUGUCCCUGUAAUAUAUCCCCUGGAUUUGGUUGGCAUUUUUCUCCGGUCACGAUUUUCUUGGUAUUUCAUCGAGCCUUGAUGUUCGUUUGCCGCAACAGUUAGUUUAGAAAAUGGUCAGCUUAAGCAUACUGUAAGGAAUCAGAGUGAUCUGAGAUCUUUUGGUGACUUGGCAGGCCAAAUAUAAGUUUAUUAAUAAAUUCUGCAUGCAUGUGCAUCAUAUCAUGUUUUAUCUCUUGACUCUGAUGAUGACUUCUGCUCAGGUUGCCAAAAUAUCAGUCACCACAAGAGACAAUAGUCCUUCUCAGGACUAAACUAACCUUGACAAUUGGACUACACUAUCAAAUGUUUUAGCCAUGGCCAAUGAUGUAAUAAAGUAAUUUAUUAGAUUUCUGUGCAUUUUAGAUCCAUUUUUUUACUGACAGAAGAUUUGCCAAAUAUCAGCUUUAUGUGCACAUUUUGCAAGAGCCUUAGUCUACUUAAAACAACUUCAUGUGAGACUGCAUGACUUGGCAACUGCCUUAUUCCUAGGUGUGAUUAAAGUUUAAUAUAUCUUCACAAUCUCAAUUUAUUAUCCAGCAAAGAGGUUAUGAGACAAACCUUAAUACAGUACCAUGUUCGCUGAAAUAGUUAAAAAGCAUAUUAAGCUAAGAAGCAAGAUGGAAGAAUUGCUAAUCAGAUCAUGGGUGUUGGUGUAUUCACAGAUAUGAAAUUACAGAAAAAGCUGGUGUUUCUGGUAGAGGAGACAGACCAGAACCAAAAUGGAAAAAAUACAGGAGGGGUAAAAGUGAGGCAAAAGACAGACGGUUAGAGAAAACUAAUGCAUGGCUGACUGACAGUCAGGAGGACGAAAAACAGAUAGAGUGGCAGCAAUAUCUCAAUUCCCUAACAGGAAGGUAAUUGCUAAGUUUUCUGUGCGUUUUAAGGUUUUUUUGUAGGGUUUCCCGUAAGAAUUCUCCUGAAACAAUACUUUCAAUUCGUGAAUAAUAUCGCCUCGGAUUCCUUUUCUCUCCCCCCUCUUAGGUGGGGAAUAUUCGGUCACAUGAUGCAUUUUGACCAAUCACGUGCGGGCAAAAUAUUUGAUGGAUCAUUGGACACAAUAUCAGCAAUAAGACAAUAUUUUUGAAUCUCAAAACAACUUUAAAAGUGCACUUCCUCAUCGUUAACAACUUUUGGUUAAAGGAACCUUCGUAAGUUUCUUUUUGGUAUUGAAAAUUUUACCAGUGCUUACUUGUUCCUAAUAACAGUGGAAAUCAUCCAGUUAAAUUACUUUGAUAAGGAAGGUGAUUGUGAAUUAUUGGUUUCGCUGCAGAUUUUCUUCUAAAACAAUUACAACUCUUCGAAAUAUGGAUUUGGAAAGAAUCGACUUGGAACUUCUUGUCCGACUGAUAACUCACAUCUCACUUCGAAUGGAGGUAUGUUCAAAGGAUGUUAGAUUCAGCGAGUUCCACCAAAUGAACGAAAUAAACUACUUUUUCAAGUGUUGUUGCACCCGGAAAGUUGCUGAGGUUGGAGCGGAAUAGUUUUUACAACAACGUCGCCUACAGAGUUUUACGACCUGUCCAAGGGAUUUUUCCUUUUUCAACGCAUGCGUACAGAACAUAUUCAGAAAUGAACAAGCAAGCUUGGCCAUUGUAGACCGUAAGCCGGAAAAACACGGGAAAAAAUAGUGACGCAAGUUUUUAAGUUCGUUAUACGUGAUCCGUUCAAAUAUUCACCAUUCUUUGUCAUCCUGGUUCCCUUUUGUUUUUCUACUCUCACUUGAGUUUUUCCUGUCUGAGCAAAAAAUUACUCAAAAUACUCUGACAUUACUCCUCCAACAAAGACCGAAAUUGAACUUCAGUGUCAAUUAACUCGUUGUUUUUGGCAACAAUUUUAAAUAACAAUUUAAGUCAAAUGAAUUCGAUUAUUUCUGUUUUUAGGAGGGAGCAAUACUAGUUUUUCUACCAGGCUGGGAUGAUAUUAGUAAACUUCACGACAAGUUAAAAACUCAAACGCUUUUUAAUUCAGGUAAAGUAGAGAUUCACUUACUAUAGUUCGUUUCAGUCUAUUUUCUUUGAUCGGUGUUUGAUGUUACUGGUUUUCCUUUUGUAAGAGAACUAGGUUUUUCUUGUUUGUGCAUAGUAACACUCAUAUAUGUCUAUAAAUCUUUUUUCUUGAUCAUUUGCAGAUAAAUUCCGCAUCAUUCCUUUACAUUCUAUGAUGCCGUCAACAAACCAACGAGAGGUAAGACAAAUGAUAAGAACUGACUUGCCCUUAUUUGCUUGACGCAAUAGGCUCAAGAUCAGGCAGACAUGCUCACUUCCUAGUCGUGCCUCUUCUUGACAGUGUAUAGGAUCAGUUGGGAGAAGUUGUGUUUUAUAAAUGUUAGCUGGAAGGUUUUACGGUGAUUGAAUGCCGCGGUGGAUUAGGAUUUUUUUGGCAUGUUUAAGUCUUGAUUUGCGAUCAGUGAAUGGUUGGGAAAACUUCCACCGUCCUCUAAACCUAUCAGAUAUAGAUUUAAAACUAAUUAUGACCUGUAACUCGCGUUUCCCGCGCCUUAAGCUGUUUUCUGUGUCUUUCGUUGACUUUUCACUGGCUCCAUGUGAUAUUUCCUCAUUUUCUGAUCGGCCACUUGGUGUAAUAAGGUGCCUAGUUUGGUUUCCAUAUUACGAUGCUCAGUCAAGAGGUGCUCCAGUGGACGCCCUGUUUAGGUUAUUUUAGAAGUAAACCCUGGUUUCCCUCUUUGCUCCAUCACUGAUCUGUCAGUGUUCCUUUCAUUAGGUAUUUGACCGCCCACCUGAAGGUGUCAGGAAGAUCGUAAUUGCUACUAACAUUGCUGAAACAAGGUAUUAACAAGAACUUGGUUGGCAGUAUCACAGCUGCUUUCGUAUCAUGGUCGAGGGGUACCACCGCGUGUCUCCUUAAUGCUGGUUGGGAUACAGUGGCGGAUCCAAGGGGAAGGUUUGGGGAUCAGGGCCAUUACCCUGACCAUACCGGUGGGGUUUCUAUAACGUGUCUAACACCAAAAUUCCUGCAGCAACAAGAUGGCUUAUUGUUACUUAACUGGCUGACUUUUUUUUCAGGGAAGGGGAGGGGUGGAGGCAUGAGUAGGUCGGUCGAGAAGUAAUUUUGGACCUCCCCCGGUCCCUCCCUUCCACUCACCCCCCGCCAAAUUCGUGGAUGCGCCCCCAUAAUGAUCUGUGUCAAUCUUGUCCUGGUCUCAGUUGUUUUUGUCAUUUCAGUCUUUGAAUUUUUGUUCGUCUCUAACCAUCAAAUUAAAAUUAGAACGUAUGGAUUUUAGUGGAAUGAUUUUCACCUGGGCUGUUGUUCCAUUUGUAGUAUCACUAUUGAUGAUGUGGUGUUUGUUGUGGAUGCUGGCAAGGUGAAAGAAAAGGUAAUGUACGUAGCUGUUGUGUUUAGCAACUUUAAAUGACUGAUGGUUUAUUAUUCGGUAGCUCAGUGGUGGAGCAACCAAACCUGUAGUUUUGAUUCCUCUUCGGGUGUUGGGAUUUUUUCUUUGUCCAAAUAUCAAGAAAACUUGUAGUAUAUAAGAUCGGCGAGGUUACUUUGCUUAACUUACCACUCAUUUGUCUCGAUCGAGGCGGGAGUGAGCCGAACUAACAGAAAAUGUGACAGUUAUGACUGUGGCGACAAUAGGCGCACUGAUUUAUGCAUUUUUACAACUGAUAGGAGUUUUUAUUUCUAUUUCGUCAGACAUAUGAUGUGUACCACAAUAUUGCCUGUUUACAGCCUGUAUGGAUCAGUAAAGCUUCUUCGAGACAAAGACGCGGUCGAGCUGGAAGGUAUUAGCAUUAACCAGAAAAAAAUUCUUCAAAAUUCCCGUAGUAAAGACCCUCCAAAGUAACGACCUCAAAAGGAUCCUCCCAGCUAUGGCCAUGUUGGGGAAAGCGGAAAAUGGCUCCUGUAGAGACAUGGCUGUUAUUGAGAGGAAGGGGUUUAAAAUGACACCCUUUUUGUUUUCGAGGUCCAAUAUUUUUUUCCAUAUAUUCUUAUUGUUGUAUGUAAAUACUUAGAAAUAGGUCUUUAAACACAGACCAAAUGUCAAUGUUCGGAAGAAAUACAAACAAGGUAUUAUCAAUUUAUACAACGUUUGCUUUCGGUGUUACAGAAAUUUUAAUUCUUUAGUUGAAACAAAGCUUUCAACGUGUAUUUGCUGUUGCGUUCUGUCAAAGAGUUUUUUGAGAAAGGCAUUCCUUUCAUAAAAAUGAGAAAAACCGACCAAAAAAUACCAUAUAUAAAUAAGUUCCUUGACUGAUAUAUGUCAACAGAGUACAGCCUGGAUACUGCUUUCAUUUGUUCACACAACUUCGUGCCCAGUCCCUUGACGACUAUCAGCUGCCAGAGAUGCUUCGGACACCUCUUGAGGAAUUGUGCCUGCAGAUUAAGGUAUAGUUGCUCUUUAUUCUAGAACGUAUGAAGUAUCAUUUUGUACCAUUCUAGUGGACAGAUAACUUUAAGUCUGAGUGUGAGUCUGGCAGUUCAUCCUUCCGAAGCUAAUCCUGGUGUUUGUAAGAUAGGCUUGUUGCUUCUUCCUUUGGAUGUGAUGCUAGGCAAUAACAGGUUAACCGCCGCCCCAGCGUUUCAUCAGGUUUCCCCGGGCAGUUUAUUUGUACCCAUUUAUACUCGUGGGAGGAGUGAGUCAGUGUCCUCCUCUUCAGGCGGUAACCGGUAAAAUUUACCGCCUGUAGUACAUCUAACGACCGCCUAAAAUUUCUUGGAAUCGGAAUUAUUGAAAAUUUAACAGGUGACUCUAUUGGUUUGAAAAUUUUUUUGACCUGUCGUGCUUAAAAUAAGGGAAAACACCAAGUGAGGCAAUGUGAUAAUACCCAAGAACGCAAUACAACGAACUUGCUAUGGCUCGGAGUGCAAUGCACGACUGCUUCAGAUAGGGUCUUUAGUACCAUUGCUAUGUCUUUUUGCACGGAUUGACUUUUAAAAUUAAAAAUUGAGGUAUUCCAUUUCUUUUUGGUAGAUUCUUAAACUGGGUAUGAUCCGAUCUUUUCUGUCCAAAGCAUUGCAACCUCCAGAGGAACAAGCAGUCAUCAAUGCUUUAGAGAGUCUUCAACAACUUGUGAGUCUUUUAUGUCCGAAGAAGUUUUACAAACCGUCUGUCUCGAUUCCUUUUAAUCAAGUGAAACAAAUUUUCAUUUAACAGUUGUUUUGUUUUUUUUUGUUCUCUUAUAGAAAGCGCUGGACGCAAAUGAAGACUUAACUCCCCUUGGUCAUCAUUUGGCCGCUUUACCAGUAAAUCCUAGAGUGGGCAAGAUCAUUUUAUUUGGUGCAAUAUUCUCGUGUUUGGAUCCAGUUCUAACUGUGGCAUCUGUUUUGGGAUUUAAGGAUCCUUUUGUGUUUCCUUUGGUAGGAACACUCAUCUAAUUCAUUAACUGUUUUCGGGGCCUUUGAGUAUUUUUAUUUAUUUAUUAUCAUUGUCAUUUUUCAAGCUAAAUGGUCCUUUUGUAACAUUCUUAUUCCUCGACGAACGGAAGAAAAGUUUUCCAUCUUUGUUAUAACGUCGCCAGAGCGCUUUAGACAUUGUUAUUCCUGUCAGUAUGCGGGAGGCUUGUCAUAUCACGAGUCUAAUACUUUGCCUGGCUUACUAAAGAGUUCUCAGAAGCUCAGUUGAUAGAGCAUUGCAUAAAAAAUCGAAGAUCUGGGGCUGGAAUACUCUUCGACGACUCAGGAAUUUUUCUGUGGCCUCUGCUUAUGACAGGACUCUGACUUCAAUUUUCAACUUCUGUCGUAGCCUUGUAAGUACUUUUUUAAUGUAUUUUCAGGGAAAACAAAAAGAAGCCGAGCAAGCCCGCUUGAGGUUUGCUGGUGAUACUCGUAGUGACCAUCUCGCCCUGUUGAACGCCUUUCAGGUAAAUGUUUACAGGUACAUUCAAACACAGGUAGAGUCAUUUUUUGCGCUUUUCAAAACGACCUUCAUUUUGAAGGAAGCAACAAUACAUUAGUUUCGUUGGAUUGAAAAAGAGAGAAGAGGCAAUGAAACCCAAGAGGAAACAAGAUUAUACCAGACCGCAAAUUAGAGGCCAUGUAAUCAACAGUAUAUUUUUAGGAGAACGGUUUUACCGCGAAUCUUCCACUCAGAGCAACUAGAGUUUGCAUUUUAAAUUUAUUGUAGUGUUCGUUUAUUUAAGGGCUGGGAGACGUCUGUCCGUAAAGGGAUUGAGCGAGAUUACUGUUGGAGGAACUUCCUAUCGGUGAACACGAUGAGGGUGAGUAAAUCUAUUUUUAAAGAUAGUAGAGUGAAGUAAUCCGAGAUGAAUUUGGUUUCAUUUAUCUCUUCGCUUUGUGAUUAUUGUAGAAACUCGCGCCAACCUCCCAGUUGGUCAAAUGCAACAUUAAAAUCGGUGGCGUCUAGUCACUAACGUUUUCCCGCGUUUCAAACAGUUUACCUUUUUUGUACCUCCAGGUCUCAGUGAUUCCCAGUGAUAGUUGUCCGUUUUCUGAUUGGCUGUUGUGAUAACUUCGGUUGUGGGCGUACGAAAUUCAAGUGCUCUGAAGGAUCUGAUUGUUUUGGCAAAUCAUUUUGCUUUCUGUUUAAUCUUCGAAAAAUUAUUGAUGUUAGUUCUGUAAUAACAAUUUAAUUUUUCGCUGUCAAGGGGUAGGAAUCAACACUCAACCCAAAAACGGGGCACUUGUGUUAAUGUGAACUUUUAUUCAUUAAUUGUAUCUGAUUUACAAUACAUUCUUGAUUUUUCCAAUGACAGUUAUGUUACUUACCUUUCUAUUUCGUGAACCGUGUUUCAGAUGAUUAAAGAUAUGAAACAACAGUUCUCUGGAUUACUUUAUGACAUUGGUUUCCUGGAGUCAUCCAACCCGAAGGCUUCUUCCGCUAAUUACAAUUCAGGUGAGCAUUGUCUUUCUUCUUACCGUGACACUGAACAUGUUUUGAGGGAAUUUCAAGCCAACUAUCUUCGUCGGAGCGAAUCUUACGGCUGGUCUUGAAUGAAAAUUAAACUGCUGCAUCGAAAUGUUUCCCGUGUCAAGAUUUAUCCAAGUAACACUCGAUUUUCCAUUUCUAAUUCCAGUCUGUUACUAACAAAAUUGCCAGUUCUUUUGCAGACAAUUUAAAACUGGUUAAAGCCAUACUUUGCGCCGGUUUAUAUCCAAAUGUUGCCAGCAUUAACCACCAUCAUAAAUUUUCAAGGUAAAGACCCUUUUUUUGUAAAUACUUUCAUCUUCGCCUUCUUUGUUUUCACGUUUCAGUGAAAGGCAAAAAAGAAGUGCGCAUAAGUUUUUAUGGAAUGAAAGAGAGAAAAGUUCAUAUUAUGUUUCAGGCCUCCAAAGCUUCGAACUCAUCAAGAUGGUACUGUGCAUUUGCAUCCGAAAUCAGUGAACGCAGAGGUCAGAGUUUAUGAAGAUAACUGGCUGAUUUAUCACGAAAAGAUGAAGUCUACCUCGGUAAGUAAAAGGAGGCCUUAGUAUUUUGCCCUUUUUUCACCAUAGAAAGUUUUUUCAACUGACUGUUGUAAAAGUUGAGUCAAAUUGAUCACAUGAGCCAUUCUAUGAUGACUAUGGCUAGUUAGAAGGCAAAGUCUUUGUACGAUAUUGAGUCGCGUGAUUGGGUUAGUUUGUCUUGCUUUCCGCCACACGUAAAGAAUACAAGUACUUUUUCACAGUCGUUCCAUCCCUAAAUCGCGCACUGAUUCUCGUUUCAAUUGAUUGUUACUUUGGUAUCUCGCGCACAUAGUGUUUCUCUCAAAUUCCAACAAGAGGUCAAUAAUACACGCGCACUUAUAACUUUUCUAAUCGUUUACUUUUUCAUUUUGAUUGUUACACGAUUCUCUUUCCUAUGAUUGUUACGUUAAUAUUUCGCGCACUGUCUGGAUUUUCUUUCAUUCGAUUAUUACUUUAGUCUCUCAUUUACUCUCAAGAUUUUUUUACUUCAUUCUUACGUAAGCAUCUCACGCACUCUCAAGAUUCUCUUUCAUUAUUACAUUAGCAUCUCGCGCAGUCACAAUUUUCAUUGCUUCGAUUUUUACUCUAUACUCUCGCGCACUCUUAAGAUUUCUCUUUCUUUCAAAUGUUACGUUAUCAUCUCGUGCACUCUCAAGAUUUUCUUUCGAUUGUUAUGUAAGCAUCUCUGCACUCUCACAAUUGUCAUUCUUUUGAUUGUUGCGCUUAUUUCUCGCACACCCUCAAGAUCGUAAUUUAUAUGAUUACUACGUAAGAAUCUCCCGCACUUUCAAGAUCUCUUUCUUUCGAUUAUUACGCUAGUAUCGCGCGCUCUUUCAAGAUUCUCUUUAUUUGAUUAUGUUAGUGUCUCGCGCGCUCCUGUGAUUGUCUUCUUUUGGAUUGCUACGUUAGUAUCUUACGCGCUCUUAAAAUUAUCUUUCCUUCGAUUGUUACGUUAGUAUCGCGCGCUCUCUCAAGAUUCUCUUUUAUUUUAUUGUUACAUUAGCGUCUCGCGCAUUCUAAUUCUUCUCUUCUUUUCUAUUGUUACGUUAGUAUCUCGCACACUCUUAAGAUUCUCUUUCAUUUGAUUGUUGCAUUCAAGUAGUAUAUCGUGUUCAUUGAUUCUCGUGCAACUCUCAAGAUUCUAAUUCAUUUGAUUGUUACAUUAAUGUCUCGCCAAACCCCAUGAUUCUAACUCAAUUUAUUUUUGUGUUAGUAUCUCGCGCAUCUAUAGGAUUCUCUUCCAUUCAAUGUUUCGUUAGUAUCUUGCGCACCACGAGAAUUCUCAUUUCUUUGCCUAUUACUUUAGUUUACCGCCCACUCUUAGGAUUCUAGUUCAUUUGCUUGUUGCGUUUGUUUUUCGCGCACCCCUAGGAUUCACCUGCAUUGGAUUGCUACCUCAGUAUGUCGCGCUCUGUAAGGAUUGUCUUUCAUUCGAUUGCUAUGCCAGUAUCUCGCGCACUCUCCGGAUUUUAUUUAAUUUUAUUCCUACCUUAGUAUCUCAUGCACGGUCAGGAUUCUCGAUGUAUGUUUUGUUUAAUCGGUGCAUUUUUGUUCAUCUCUAGCUAUUCCUGUACGACAGCACUAUGAUAGCACCCUUCCCCCUUCUCUUCUUUGGCGGCGAGAUUUCUGUGUUUGUAGAAGAGGGCUACGAAACAGUCGCAAUCGACGAUUUCAUAAAAUUCAAGUCUCCAAACAGAAUUGCAAAUUUAGUCAAGGUUAGUUUUAUUUUUCCUAAAGUGAUUCGUUUUCUUACCACUUGGUGACGUGCUCCUAUGUAAUGAAAUCCUGAGUAUGCAUCGCUUUUCGAUUGCUUGUCGUUAAACUAAACUAAAGUGAUCACAAGGGCCUGUGAGGACAAAGGGAAAUAUCUGAAAAAAAUGAAAAUUCAGAUUUAAAACCAAAUAAGUUGCACGGGAAAACAUGGGUGAUCUAGUCACGUUUGGUUGUACUUUUUUUCCAUUUGAUUGGUGUAGUAGGUAGCGCUAGUUAUCUUGACCAAUCAAUCUGCAUUGCAUUCGAAAUUUAACGAAAAAUUGGUAAAGAAUGUUAUUUCUACAAGAUGGGUUGAAUGCCAGACAGAUUAGCGCCGGUACAAAAUCCCUAAGUUGAAUCUGCAAUUACUCAUCGCUUUUCCCUAUGUUUCUAGGCCGUUUUUGUUUUUAGAAGGACUAGCUACAUAAGAAAUGUGAAUUAAUUUGAAAUUAACUUCUUCUUGAAAUACUGCACACUGAGGAUGUUUGUCUUGAAAUCAAAGACAGUUCAAUAACAACAUUCAUUUCAGGGAUGACAAAUUUUUCGAAAAUGUUUUCAAUUUUGUAGUAUUACUAUUUGCCAGAUAACGAGUCGACAUUUUCUCGUUUUACCUUGGCAGGAGUUACGAGUCGAACUCGACAAACUGCUUAGACAGAAAAUCGCUAAGCCGGAUACGAAGCUAAGCGUGGGGACUGGGACGGGUAACAGAGAAAGCGCUCUGCUGCGGGCAAUAAUUGACUUGAUCACCAGCGAGGAGAAUACAAACUGGGUGAGUGUCUGUUGGGUUCCUUUCCGUAUUUCAUGGCAUUUUUUUGAACUCCAUUUAUUUUUCUCGGAGAAAAUGAUGCUCUUCUCUGAAAUCAAACUUCGUUGAGUAAAGUCCUAAUUUCUUUUAAUGUCUUAAUUGAAUCCUCGUGCUCCCUCCUUCAAUACUCUUCUUCAAAAAGCUGUGCUUUCAAAGGCUUUUUCCUUCAUUUUGAAAUCAGGAAAAGGCCUGGUUGACCAGUAGGGGCUUUUUAAGAUAGAGAUGUAGCUUUGGUUAGGGUUAAGCAUUCGAAUCUGGCAUUAAAUGAGGGUCCAUUUAGUGAUUUGUUACCGUCCUUGCUCUGAGGGUUUCUCCCUGUUCUCUUGAACUCACCCAUCAGUUGAUUUCCGCAGAACUGUAGCAGGGGAAAUCUUACAGCUUUUUCUUUUUUGACAAGUCCUCGUGCCCAAAAAACUGUUAUGUUAGCCUUUGGAAAGUGGAGACUGAUUAAGGAUGUUACAAUGGUUGGAGGAAAGUUAUACUUCAGCGAGUUUUAUUUCUCAAAUUUUAACUUUUUCUCCUCCACAGAGAAAACAAAGAGCUCUCGCCAGCGAAGCUGAAAGGACUUAAAAGAGAAACAGUUAUUCCAGGAGAGGAUUUCCACGGAAUUGGACACAGCUCAAUCUAACAAGGCUUCAUUAAGAUGGUGAAAGGUCAAGCACCCCGAGAUACAACUUUCUUAGUUGGAGCUUUCGGAGUAGGACCUUUCCUGACUCACUUCAUGGUGGUACUUCAUGGAAAAGCAUUGAAGACAUUGACUGAUUAAAGGACAACUUAAUCAAACUCCUUUAACUGGUGGUAGUGGCCUGUUCUUGGGUAAAUUGACGAGAACUUUUAUCGAAAAGUCACUUCAUUCUUUAAGAUACCUAUGUUAAUGGUUGGAUCCGUAAAGCAGAUAAACAGCACGCGACCAUCUGUGGUGCCGCCUAAAGUGAUAGUAUGCACAUGCGCAUAGCAGCGCACAGUUGAUGUACUGUGUAUUAAUUAUUCCUAAAGCCGCAAAAUUUUUGGUCAGUAUCUUUUGUCAUAGGGCUCUGGUCGAGAUUUUUUAGUUUUCUUAGGAUCGUGAUCACAAAACUAAUUUGAAUGAAGUUGUUGUUAGUUAUAUUAUUUACUGCCAAUGUGGUCAUAAGGAUGCAGUUUUGAAGGUGAUGGUAAAUGAUAUUGAAUUAUUUGUCUUUAUUGACAACUUGAACACUCUGGAGUCAAUUGUUCAAAGACUAGCUGUUUUUGUAAUAAGUUAAUCUGCAAGAAACCCCUUGGCACAAGUUUUACUUCUGGGGAACCUUCCUUCCCGACAGAAUAUUUAGCCACUGCGCCCGAAAAAUUUACGUUGGUUUUCCUCGAAUGACCACGCUAUCAGUGGCCUAGUAACCAUAAGAGCCAUUACUUUUAAUGCUCUCUUAAUGGUAAAAAUAAUUAUGAAAAAUUAUGAAGGAGCUUUCAAACCAUCAAACACGCUCACGUUUUAAAAAUAAAUAGCGAAAUUAAAACGGUAUAACAAUUAGAUAUUAUGUAGCCACAUUAUGGAAAGAGAUUUGAAAUUACAUUCCAAUUUCCCUUGCAUGAAUUUUAAUUUUUUUUUUAUUAAGGUAACCCUCUCGGCAUUAAAGAAAAAAAAUUAUAGAUGUCAAGAACAAAGAAUUUACAGAUUUAGCUUCGUCUGGUUGCGAAAGCACGGAAAUCAAGUUGUUUCAUGUUAGAGCUUGUAGCGUCUAUGAAUCUGUGAAGGUGCAGGUGGUUGCGUUAUUUAUCUGAGAAAAAAAAAUUAUUAGAAACGGAGACGAAGCGGAAAUUAAAAUAUGCUCCAUUAUUCUAAGGUUUCCUCGCUACAUUAGUCAUUUUGCUUUUAAUUGUUGCAAAUUAUAGUUAAAAUUUUGUGAUAAAUGAAUAAAUAAACAAAACAAAAGAGGGUGUUAUCACAAUGACUUUGCUCGCGCUCCUCUUUGGAAAGACCGCCGAAGUAAUGGCGAUGGACUAAGCACUAGACAUGGUUGCGAGGUAACGGCGGGCAGUUGGAAACGACUCGACAACAUCACUAAAAAUGGCGGAAUGAUAGCGCCUGAAGAAAUGUGUUUAUAAAACAAUGUUAUAUUUUCAGCAUGGAUUGUCCGGUUAUGGGACAUGAGAGGUUAUGGAAGAGAAAGUAGGACCUUUUACUUUUAUUUCUAACUUUGACUCGGGAAAUUUAGCGCGCGUUGAAAGAGUAAAAACUGAAGACGCUUCUUCCAGUCCAGAGGAUUGUGAUGGAGCUGUAGUGAUAAAUCCUGACUUUGAUUACAAUGUUUGGACGGCUCCCGACUGUGCUGGCACCGAGUUUGAAAAUCAAAAUCGAACAUGGUUUUAUUUCGGCAUCAAAGGAGGUCAACCUGGAAAACUUUUACGGAUAAAUAUCUUGAAUUUAAAUCGACAGGGAAAGUUGUACGGUCAAGGCAUGACUCCGCUGGUGAAAGUUGUCCCAUCUAGGAACAAAUGGGAGAGAAUACGAGAUAAACCGAAAUACGAGGUGAGGCGUUCUAUAAGCGUUUAGGAGAAAAAUCCAAACAUUGCUUUAUAUUCUUUCCUAUUUAAUUAAAUUAAUCAGUAAACUUGAAUAAAAUUAAUUAGUAUUUAUUGUUGAGGUGAAGUGGAUGUUAGAACAUUUAGUCACGUUAGGUGUGGUUUGUUUUAUUUUUGUAGUUUUCACUGUGCAGGUUGUGUUAUAAAGUAAGAAAUUACUACUGUAUUUCCAAAUUAAGUCAUGAAGCAAAUAGAAAAAAAGCACUUGUUUGUAAUUAUUGGUAAGGUUUGCUGGAAGCUAACUUAUGAAAGUGAAGUAUCCCAAACUUCAACUCCUAGGUUCAAUAGUAGGUGGUAGCUUUUGAAAAUAUCCCACUAGUGUUUGGGCGGAAAUUUUAUUUCGCAAUUUUAAAAUAAUCAAAAUGAGUGAAAACUGUAUUCAUAAACUGUUGUCUCUGUCCUUUUUCUUUAGACUGUUGAUGGCCAGUUUAGACUGUCAUUCACUUAUCGCUUUCCUGAUCAGCGCAGUGGAGUUCACUACUUUGCUUUCUGCUAUCCAUACUCAUACUCAGAUUGCCAAGCAAAGCUUGAUGAUUUAGACAGAAGCUUUACCAUAUGUCAGCAAAUGACCCCCUCUGAACCAAAAGACUCUAUCUAUUUCUAUCGGGAACUUUUGUGUUACACACUGGACAGCUUAAGAGUAGACCUUCUAACAAUAACUUCUGCAAAGGGCAUGAUGGAGGAGAGGGAAGAAUCUCUGCCAAGUCUUUUUCCAGACAAAACUAAUCCUAGGCCUCACAAGUUUGAAGGGAAGAAGGUAGGAAUCAUUUUUAUCUAGUGUAGAAAAAAAAGAUUAAAGUAAUCAUGGUAGUCUGCCAUGCUUUUAAAUCUAAGUAAAGCUUCAAAAGCACUGAGUUGCAUUGCAUGUCAUGUAAGCUUGUUUACUCUUAACCCUUUACACUCUAACAUCAGGGUGCACAUUCUCCAUACUGCUUUCUAUACAUUUCCUGUGGUGCUGACAAGGAGAAUUUGUUUAAAAAUCAAGAGCUUUUUCAGUAGGUGAUCAUUGCCUUGAUUCUCAUGACCUCAAUGUUUGAUUCAGGGGUGAUAUUGCAAGAAGAAAUUAGAAGCCAGUCACUCUUCAGUGUUAAAGGGUUAAGAGGCAUUUACAAUAGCAAGUUUUUUAGACAACUGCACUUGUCAAGGAAAACUAAUACUUGUUCACCAUAAUGUGUUAAAUGUUCCCAUAGGAUGUGAUGAAUUUCAACUCUUUCCUAUAACUCUUCCAGGUGUUUUUCCUGAGUGCCAGGGUACAUCCAGGGGAAACUCCAUCAAGUUUUGUAUUCAAUGGAUUCCUAGACUUUAUUUUACGCCAAGAUGAUCCCAGAGCUGCAGCAUUACGGGACCAAUAUGUGUUUAAGUUGAUACCAAUGUUGAAUCCAGAUGGUGUCAAACGUGGCCAUUACCGCACUGAUCAGCGAGGUGUGAACUUGAAUCGAGUGUAUAUGGAUCCUGAUCCUCUCUUUCAUCCUUCAAUCUUUGCAGCCAAAAGUAUCAUUUUGUAUCACCACACUAUAGGAAACUUGCACCAAGAUUCUGACCACCAUAAUGCUUGUGUAUGUGAUACAGAGAAGGCAAAAAAAGUCACUGUAAACCUUAACACUACAUCUGUUGAAACUGGCUCUGAAUUCUUCACAACCAAAGAUAUUUUAGAUUUACAGUCAGUUCCUUCUGAGUUAAAGCCAGAGUUGCCAGAACCUGAGUCUGUAAAAAUGGAUUUCAUAAGUGUGGAGGGCAAUGGAAUGAUAGACAAAGAUGCCAACAAUAACAAGAACAAGGAAACACUCUCAUCAAAUUUAGACUCUCUAGCAUUGAAAAUGUCACCUGAUGUUCAGACUGGUGCCUCAAAUGAUGCACUUCAAAUGGACGCUGUUGUUUCUAAUCAGCUUUCAAAUGAAAGUACAAGCAGCAUGUCAAGUGACUGCCAUUCAGAAAAGCAGUUAAAUACAAGAACUCUAGACCAGCCUCAGUUCAAAACGGUGUUGAACAAGAAAGAACCUGCAAAUUGCACCUACUGCUCUUCACAGACUUCAUCUGAGCAAAGCAGUGGGGUUGCAUACUAUGUUGAUCUGCAUGGCCAUGCUUCAAAGCGUGGAUGCUUUGUCUAUGCAAAUUACCUGGAGAAUGAAGACAAUUAUGUCAGCUCUAUUUUAUUCCCAAAACUCAUCUCUUUGAAUUCAACAAACUUUGACUUUGCGGCUUGUAACUUUACUGAAAAGAACAUGUACAGCAAGGACAAGCGAGAUGGCAUGUCCAAAGAAGGAAGUGGGAGGGUUGCCAUCUAUAAAGCCACUGGGAUAAUUCACAGGUUGGCAAGGAGAUGUACAGUAGAAACAUUUUAAUUUUAAUAGACUUCUGAUAAUGAUAAAACACUUACUAUUCUGAACACAUCUUUGUGAGCAUGUACUGGUAAUGCUCAAAUUGUAGAUUUCUUUAGCACUCACACACACAAUUCAUACUGAUUGAUAUGAUCCUGACUGAUUCCUUUUGAUGUAUUUUCUGAUAGAAUAGGUGUCAAAUUACUACGCAAUUAGCAUAAAAGACAAAUAUUAAUAAUGGGUAAGGUUGUCAAAAAAAAAACCUUAUUUAUUUGAGAUGUUUGGAACCUCAAACCUUUGAUUUUGCAAUCCAGUGUUUUAUCAAUUGAGCUGCAGUGAACUUUUGAUUAGCUUGAAUUUAUACUAGAGUCCUCUGUAACUAAACAGGUGCAUACCUGUUUAGUAAAUAUAAUCUUUGAGCUUUUUCCUCCAGCUUGGGAUGUUGUAACAUAUAAUAUCAUAAAAUAUAUACCUACAUUAUGAUAUGUUUUGCCAUCAAGCAAGAUACAUUAAUUUUAUCACUAUUUGGCAAUGUUUGAUAUCAAUAUGAUUUCUCUAUCAGUUAUACACUAGAGUGUAACUACAACUGUGGGCGCACAAUCAAUUGCUUGCCACCUGCCACUUGCGAUAAUGGGUGUGCUACUCCACCUCCUUUGCCUGGCUUCCCACCCAAGUAUACACCAGAGAUUUAUGAAGAGGUAAAAUGAGGUUACAUUGUCAAGCAAAUGUGCUUUACUUCUUAAGAUUGAUUUGUUGUUCAUUAUGUUUAUCAGAAGUUGAUAAGACCACAUACAUUGUUCUGAGAUGUGAUAUGUCAGUGGUCAGCACUUUGAACUCCAUGUUCAAACCAUGCUGGGGUCCUUGUGUUGUGUUCUUGGAUGUGCCACACCUAAGGUGGGGUUGAUCUGUUGUGCACUUGGAUAUCAUGAACACCCUUAGCAAUGCUAUCCCAAGUGGCUAAAUGCAGAGGAAAACUGGAUAGGUUAUAGUGGUGUGAGCCACUUGGCCUAUGAGCAAACUUUUUAUUUUGGUUUAUUUUUGCCGUUUUUUGUUGUUGACAGGUGGGGCGAGCAAUGGCAGUGGCUGUACUUGAUAUGAACAAUACCAACCCCUGGACACGACUUCCUCUCAGUGAGUUUACAUCUUUAGAAGGAGUCAAGAAUUGGGUCAGGCGGUUUGUCAAGAGUUCCAAGAAUGCACCCUCAGUACCCAAGAAACUCUCUCGAGUUAUUACUAAAACUUCAAGGUAUACAAAGUGCUGUGAUAUUUCAUGUGUGUAUCCUCUAAGUUAGUGUUUUUUUCCUCCUUAUCUCGCUCAACCACUGAUACUCAAGUUUUUGUUAGGUUUAUGUCAUAAUUCUAUUAUUAACCAAACCUGUUUCCUCAAAAGAUGAUGAAAAAGCAAAUUAGGGUAAGGCCAUAUCCAGUAAACUUGAUCAAACAUGCUUGGUUGUGGAAGAAUUUAUUAAUUGGCUAAACGAUUACAGCAAAUAAUCUUUCUUCACUUUUUUCAUGGUGUUACUUGUGCUGACUUCCUUCAAGACAUACAACUGCUGUAUUUCUCUCUCCCUGGGAAUGGAAUAAGCGUAGCCAAUCAGAACAUGAGGAUUUGCUUCAUCUUGCAUGCUCAAAGAGCUUCCCUUAUAACAAGUGGACUAUUCCAACUUUUUGACUGUAAGUUUGAAGAGAAAUCAGGUAACAAAAACUGAAAGAAAAAAAAAAAAGCAGUUAUUAGUUAUUACCUAGCCAACAAUUAAGUAAAUUUGGUGCAGUGUGGCUGGUAAUCAUUCUGUUAGAUGGUACAACUUUGUCAGACCCCAUUGGAAACCUAUAUAUGUAGAGAGGACUGCAGCAGUUCCUCAACAGACUUAAUCUGAACACUUUUCAGUAUGGUGGCAGGAGCAACAGCAAGUACACGUCAGAAAUUAUCUGUAUUGGCAAGUUCAUCCAGUGAUAUGUCUUCUGAUAACGCAGCUAGUGGAGGGCACAGAACAACAGAUCAUCCAUCACAGAAUGGAACAAAUGUUAACAAGGAAACUGGUACACAUUUAAAAAUUAACCAUUUAUUCCUUUGUAGUGAAAUAAAACUUUGAUAUUGUUAACAAUGCCCAUGUUCCUUUUGUAAGGGGCUAGAUGAAACGGAUCCCAUGUUCUGUUUGACUAUACCUUACUUGACCAAACCUGUUUGUUGAAGAUGGUUCAGUAUAAGCCUGGUUUCCUUUGUUUUUAUGGCUCUCAACUUUGUCUUAGUUCCCUGAAGAAAAAAAGAAAGUGGCCAUUAUUCAGGUAUCUCAUCCUCACACCUGAUUAAUGACACAUAUGGAAAGGGUUUGUAUCAACUGAUUUUCCUCAAUUUUUAGGUAAAAAGCCAGCUACUGAUACUGUGAGGCGGCCAUAUCACCUGGCAAGUACCCAAAAGACAUCCUUGCAAGGAACAGGGGCCCAGAGUGGAAAGAGUGGAAAGAACCAUCAUGAUGAUACAUGCUCUUCAUCACCUGGGACUCUGUCAGGAGCCAACAGAAGAGAUCAGUUAUCUGGGCCAGGACCUUUGAGAGCAACAGUGAGCCAACUUUGUUGUGUUUUGUUUUUUUUUUUUCCAUUAUGUGACUUUUAUGUUAUGCAAUAAUUUACAUUAGAUAUGUUGGAAUGCCAACAUAUUAUCAACUUGAAGGUCAACUGAUAAACUUUCAAAGAAAAACAAAACACAAACAUUUUCUUUUGGGGCAUGGACUACAUUUAGCUAUAAGAUUUGACAUUCCUUUUCUUUUUGAAAGUUCCUCCCGAAUAGUAAGAGUUCUUGCUUGACAUGUGUUUGUAAGUUCCCCUUAGAAAUGUUGUUUAGCUGUCAAUUAUAGGACUUUGUGCAGACAGAACUUCAGAGAGGCCAUUCAGUCUUUUCAUAUGAUUUUAGGAGAUUUAUCUGUGAGCCUCAAAUUUAUGCACUACAACCAGUUACAAUUUCCUGGCUCACAUCUAAACACAGUGUUAAAUGAAUAAUAUUAUUGGCUUUUUGUAUACAAACAAAUAUUGUGUGCUUUACUUUAAGGUGUUCAAAGCAAAAGAACAACCAAGGGUUUCUUUGGAACUUCCCAAAACGGUAAGUUAUCCAGACAGCAACUAAUCUCAUGUUAUAUGCUGAAAAGAUCUUGUAACUUUUUACUUGGGGACUCUAGGAAAGUUUCUGCCUAUAAGAAUCAAGGGCCUGCAAUGAGCAACUCAAUAGAUACAGUGUUAACAAAACAAAGUAUAUCUGAGAUAGAUGACUGUGUUUCACUGAGGUUGUGGUCCAGCAUGAUGAGUGAGUAAGCUAGCUGAGGCAUUCACUUUGAUUGUUUUACAUAUUUAUGCUUUAUUUAGAAACAGUUCAUAUGGUAAAAUGUAAUUAAUAGUUUGUGAAAGCCUAUCUGUCACUGAUGAAGCACAGAUUUCUAUAAAUAGUAUUGUUGAGGGUUCAGGGCGUGAAAUUAAUUUUUUUUUCUGAACUUGGGUCCUAAAUUCUUCAAAGCGGUAGCCAAUUCAAAAAAAGUUGGUCGCCAUUUUCAAAGACAAACAAAACCUAUUUUUUACGCUGUCACCGUUCUAGAAAUUAAGUUAGGGAAAAGAUCUUUAACUAGCUACAAAGUGGACACCAGAAUUGAUGAUAUGCAACAUUCAAACUCACCUAAAUCCAAGAUGGCGUCUAGUUAUCAAUCGAGAUGCAUGUGCUGCGUUUUGGAAACAAACUUGAUGAGGAAGUUUGCUGUGGAUUUACCUUUGCAAAUCUUUUUAAUUCACUAUAUCUCUAGGUAAGGUUAUGAUGAAACAUUCUAGUCGCCAAUUUGGCAACCGAUUUUCAGGAUUUGGUCGCCAAAGUGAAAAAUUUAGUCACACUAGCGCCUGUAUUAGGCGCAAUUUCACACCCUGGGGCUGCAGUAAGAUGAAAGUGGUCAGCCAGCAUCCUUGAUCCAAAUUUAUCCACCAUUUCUCUCACUUGAAUUACUUCUUUUGCAUUUGUGUUUAUGUUUAAUUUGUAUCAAAACAGGGUCCAACUCUGAGGCUGGUGCACAAUUUACGUCAUCAGCCCCAAGUUCAUGUCCAGCCUACAUCAUUGUCCAGUAAAUCUUUAUCAUCUCCUGUUGAGAUUAAAAUGAGGUAAAAGCAAUCUGAAUCUGUUAAUUAAGUGGAACUUUCAUUGAUUAUCAUCAAUAUUAGGAACCUAUUGAGAUCAUUUCUGUUCAGAUGCUUUGUGAGAGUGCCUUAUGAUUGUCUAUCAAUAUUAAGGGUUGUUUUGAGACCAGAGUUUUGUUCAACAUUUUUAAACUAAUUAUUAAGACCUGGAAAAAGGUCACACAAUAAAUGAAAAUAUUCUGAGAAAUAGGAGAAAUCCGGAAUUCUCUCUAGUAACCUACAACAAUUGUUCGAGUGCUUGGUGAAAUUUUUAACUGAAUCUAAUUGCAUCAGUAAAUUAUCCAGGCCAAAGAGAUUUACUCCUUAGUUCUAAAAAUUAUAAAAAAUUUGUUUAUCUUCUCAGCACUAUUGAUGUCCACAAGCAGUUCAUUAGUUUUCACAGAAGCAAACCAGGUGUGGCAUUAAGGAAUGGCCACAGUAGCCAGAGUGAUGAAGAGAAGAAAAAAAAGAAUGUUCGUCCAAGGAGGAAAAAUGGAAGGAAAAAAGGUAAUUAAUAUGUCAUAUUAUCUCCAUGGAUCUUUUAUUCUAUUAGACUACCAGGUACUUGUAACAGAUUUUCAAAAGUAAAUUUGUAUUAACAAAGCAAAUUGAUAUGACCAACAGUAUAUCAAUGGGGUUAACAACAGAGAAUUCAAUGUUCUUUUCAACUGUUCAAAAAUCAAAAAUUUUAUGGAAGAUCUUAAAUCUAUGAGUUGAACUUGUGUCAACAAUCCUCUCAUACAAUUUGAUAUUUUCAACUGUGAUUUGAACAUUGAUAUGCUUGUGAAAAAAUCUGUAGAUAAGUAUCAAACCCCUACCAUUUUUUUGUUGUUUCUUUGUGCUUGUAUGUUUAAGUAGGUAGUGUACUAUUUCUUCUGCAUAUUUUUUUUUUUUUGAUAAUUGCCACCUAGCCCAGCCACUCGACUGACAUUUGUCAUUUCUUAACAGUCGUGCUCUCUCUCUCUCUCUUCUCUCACCAAUUUUUUGCAUUCACUUUAAUAAAUUUUUGUUUCUUUUUUAAACUCUGAAGAAUUUUUAUUGUACAUCAUGAUCGUAUUUAAAUUUUACAUGCACUAAUAAUAACAAUAUUUAAAUGUGUUACUUAGCUUAUUUUCUUUUGAUUAUCCAGAAAAAAAUGGCGAAGCAGUGGCUAGAGAUGAAAUUCAACCUUCCGAAAUAUCUUCAACAAGGUAUGAAUUUUACAGUGGUUCCUUAUGGGGACACCUGUGGGGCCCCUCAGUUGUGUCCUUGUACUAUAGUGGUGUGCUUUCAUAGAAUUUGACCUGUAAGAAUUCUUCACCAAAGUUAUUUAAUAUGUAGUUAUUUAUUUUUACAAUGUUGUCCUUCAAUAGGCCCCCAGCGGCAGAGGAUAUUCAUGUUAGCACAGUUGAGAAAGAAGAGGAAGGGAAAUCCAAGAGUACUCAACUGUCACGCAGAAACAGUUCCAAGAAUAUGGUUAGCAGUAAUAAUGAUCUAUCAUAAAGUAAUUAUUCAAGGCCAAUGUUAUUAUUUAUUAACAACAGCUCAGGAAUGCACUAUAUCCAAUUAACAUGCCCAGGCUGCCUCUCUUAUAAGUCUCUAUCUCUAAUAAAAGCCAUUUUCCUUCAAAACACCCCCAUAAGUUCUUGGAGUUUGAUUAAUUAUUGUUAUUGUGAUUUGUUGUUAGAUAAGCUGUAGUGUGAUGUCUUGUGAAGUUGUGGAUAUCAAGGAGUUACCACACACACCUCAGAGUGGCAGUGGCACAAAUCCUUUGACAUUCUGGCCAAACACAUCUGUCAGCUGACAUAACAGGAGUGAAGACCAUUUUUUAAGCUUGAUGGUGUAUUUACUAAACAUUUCAGAGUGGAAAAGUGUUUUUAAGCAUACACAAUUUUAUGUAGAUUUACAACAAAAGAUUGAAAGUUUUUGUCUUAAAGUUUAUAGGAUAUGUCUUAACUGUACAAGGAUUAUUUAAAUUUUAAAAUUUUUUUCUCUAUUUAUACUGUGGAAAUCAAACAAGGAAGCUAUGUUAUUUUUUUAAAGUAUUACAUGUAGGUUAGUGGUAAUGUAAUUUUCUGAGUGAAGGGCUCACUUUCAAUUAUUCCAGGAUUGUUUUUCUUUCCUUUUAUCACUCUAUGCAUCUGGUAUUGGCCAACUGGAAAUUACACUCUACAAUCCUAGCAAAUGAGAUGUUUUCCUCCAUUCUGAUAAGCCUUGUGAUAACUUUAAUAUUCAUUUUGGUGGUACACAAUCAAAAAUUGUACUGUGAGCAAGCACGUUGUUAUCAUCAACAGUGAUGUGGUAUUCAUUGAUUGGAGUGUGGAGUGAGUUGGUUUGUGAUGAUUUGAAAACAAAUUUUAAAAAAUAUUCAUGGUUGAUAUUUUAUUGUUGGUUAGUGUUUCUUUUGACAAGUAGCUUUUAGUUAUACUGAGUUGAUUAAACAUGUAGGAGUGUAAAACAAAGUAAAUUGAUAUUGAGUACUGCAGUGUGGUUGUUUAUUUCAAGUUACCAUUACUUACUCUUUUUUAGUGGGCUGGUUUGGUAGACAGAGGUUGAAGACACUCUUAGUUUUUACCAAACAUCUAAAUAGCAA